AUGUCUGCUGCGAUCCCCCAAUACUCUAUUUCUGACUAUUCCAAGUUUGCCUUGGCUGGUGCCAUUGGUUGUGGUGUUACCCACUCUGCCAUGGUUCCUAUCGAUGUGGUGAAGACCAGAAUUCAAUUGGAACCAACCGUUUACAACAAGGGUAUGAUCAGCUCUUUCAAGCAGAUUGUUUCCAGCGAGGGUGCCGGCGCUCUUUUGACCGGUUUCGGUCCUACUUUGUUGGGUUACUCCCUACAAGGUUCUUUCAAGUUCGGUGGUUACGAAGUUUUCAAGAAGCUUUUCAUCGACACUUUGGGUUACGACCAGGCUGUUAACUACAAGAACUCCAUCUACAUCGGUUCUGCCGCCAUUGCUGAGUUCUUCGCCGAUAUUGCCUUGUGUCCUUUGGAAGCUACCAGAAUCAGAUUGGUGUCUCAGCCAAACUUCUCCAACGGUCUAGUCGGUGGUUUCUCCAGAAUCAUGAGGGAAGAAGGUCUAAGCUCUUUCUACAACGGUUUCACCCCUAUCUUGUUCAAACAGAUUCCAUACAACAUCGCUAAGUUCUUGGUGUUCGAACGUGCUGCUGAAGUCUACUUCGGCUUUGCUGGUCCAAAGGACACCUUGAGCACCUCCACCACCACUGGUUUGAACUUGCUCUCUGGUUUGACUGCUGGUUUGGCCGCCGCCAUUGUUUCCCAGCCAGCCGACACUUUGUUGUCCAAGGUCAACAAGACCAAGAAGGCUCCUGGUCAGUCCACUAUCGGUUUGUUGGGUCAACUAGCCAAGGAACUAGGUUUCGUCGGUUCUUUCGCUGGUCUACCAACUCGUUUGGUCAUGGUUGGUACCUUGACCUCUUUGCAGUUCGGUAUCUACGGCUCUUUGAAGAAGUCGCUAGGUUGCGCUCCAGCUAUCGAAAUUGCCAGCAAAUAA